GUUUACUGUGAUUGGUGGACAGUGUCUAUUAUAGAUGGGCUAUAUUUACUGUGAUUGGUGGACAAUGAUGACUACAAAAGUUGGACAGUGAGUAUUAUUGGUGGGCAAUGUUUUAUGCAGUUGGACAGUAAGCGUUUUUAUUUGGGAAGUGUUUUAACGUAAUAGGUGAGCUGUAGGUAUUUUGGGGCAAGUGGGGGUUGACUGUGCUGGGUGGACAUUAACGGCUGGUGUUUAUUGUAAUAGGUGAGCAGUGUGCCAUCUCUGUGCGGUAGUCUACACGCUGCCGUAAGCCCGCACAGUGAGCUGAGCAGGCGGAGUGUGGGACAAGCGCCAGCGAUUACGGUCCGUGUUUACAGCGAAUAUCCAGAGAUAAUGGGAGAGGAAAGUGCGUCUUUCGAAAGUAUUUUUAUAAACCAACCCACUGCUGAGACCAAUCCGAAACUCGAAAAAGAUGAAGAAACAAGUAAAUUGACCAUAUGUAACAAGUUAUCCUUUGGAAUUGGAGGUGUUCCAUAUGAGAUGGUUAGAAGUAUUUUAGGAUUCUUCCUGCAACUAUUUCUACUUGAUGUUGCACAGAUAUCUCCAUUUCAUACUUCUUUUAUAUUGUUCUUUGGAAGAGUUUGUGAUGCUGUCACUGAUCCUGCUAUUGGUUGCUUAAUCUGCAAAAGCAAACGGACAAAGAUUGGGAGGUUAAUGCCAUGGAUAAUUGGGUCUGCCCCUUUUGCAGUUUUAUCCUACUUUCUUCUUUGGUAUGUGCCACCAUUCGGAAGAGGGAGAUUUUUGUGGUAUAUAUUCUUCUACGGUCUGUUCUCUACUCUGCUCACAUGUUACCAGGUGCCAUACUCAACUCUCACUAUGUUUCUGAGCUGUGACCUGAAGGAAAGAAACAAAGCAACUGUCUUCCGUAUGACAAUGCAAGCCAUCGGAACAGUGGUUGGAGUUGCAGUUCAGGGACAGAUUGUAGCAGAGAAUCAUAUCUCCCAUCAUUGCUUUGAACGUAACAUGUCAUCAUAUUUCAUUGUUAACUCCACAGGUAUAAGCAAAUUGUUCAAUGGCAACACUAGUAAUCAGCAUACACUGGAGUCUAUCCUUGAAAUGAGGGAGUUAUACAUAAUUGCGAGUGGUGCUGUAGGCAGUAUUUAUCUCUUUUGUAUGAUUAUUCUGUUGGUUGGUGUAAGAGAGAGAGAUGACCCCUAUACUAAGAAGUCAGAAAAACCAAUUCCUUUUCUGAAAGGAACCAAACUUGUGUUGAGAUACAGCCCUUACUUGAAGCUGACGGCAUCUUUCCUCUUCAUAUCCAUGGCUAUUAAGGUUUUAGAAGGGAACUUUGCUCUGUUUUGCACUUAUGCUGCUAAUCUUCAAUACCAUUAUCAAAACAUCGUACUUGUAAUUCUGGUAACUGCUGUGAUGAUUGUUCCCUUUUGGCAGUUUUUUCUGCAAAGGUUUGGAAAGAAAAUUGCUGUUUACUUGGGUACUAUUUGGUUAAUUCCAUUUUUAUUCUUGAUGGCUUCGCUUCCAAACAAUCUAAUUGUGGCCUAUGUGGCAGGAGCUUCCUCUGGUCUGAGUUUUGCUUCAUUUUUUCUGUUACCAUGGUCUAUGCUGCCUGAUGUUAUUGAUGCUUUUAGACUUGAAAAACCACAAAUAAAGGGACUGGAAACCAUAUUCUGCUCAUUCUAUGUCUUCUUCACCAAGUUGGCUAAUGGAGUUUCUAUGGGAUUGUCUGCACUUAGCCUUCAUUUUGCAGGCUAUAAAACUGGAGCAUGUGUCCAGCCCCAGUCUGUGGCUUUCACCCUAAAACUACUAGUGGCAGCUUUGCCUGUGGGACUGAUUAUUAUUGGGUUAAUAAUAUUCCGGUUUUAUCCAAUAACAGAAGACAUCCGAAUGAGAAAUGAACUGGCACUCGAAGAGCUAAGGCAAAAUGUCCACAUCGGUGGUCAAUCACUGAAAAAUGUGGAGAACGCAUCAUAAUAAAUAGCAAGACUGAGAUAUGACAAUCACCUAUAAGCCAUAGAUUUCAGAGUAUGCAGGGAUCAUUACUGCUGCAACACUUAUUUAUAUUACACUAACCACACUGGAAUUUGCAUCUGUUUAUAUUUUAAUGCAAUUUCUGGAUAUGUUUUGUUAACCUGAAGUAAUGAAUUUAUCUCAAAUAAAAAUAAGAGUAGUUGCUAUGUGGAAAACUGAUUUAAUAAAUUGUAA